GUCUACUCUUUAUAUAUGUCUAUGGUUACGCUUGCCAGGGUAAUAAAAAGUAAUUUGAAUAAUACAUCAUCACACUUAAAGCCGCCGAGCGCCUUCCAUGCGGUUCAGGACAUCCAGUUAUGUUCGGCUCUUCCGACUAAGCAGCUUUAUCAGUGAACUGCGCGAGUCAGCACGGCCGCCCCGCCGCCUCACCAGACCGACAUUUUACGGCGGCGUUCAUUCACUCCUCACCCGGAAACUCACGAUGCAGUCCGGCCGAAAUGCGAACCACGGUAACUGCUGCGGCGCGGAGGGCAGAGCGGAGAAACCGGGGCCAGGGCUCCACGGCAGCCCCUCCCUCUCCUCGGAAGACAGCGGUUCUCCGGCGGAGAAGAGGCGAGCAGCGAGCUCGCUUUUGGUCCACGAGAGACACCUGAGGAGUCCGAGUCCUCUGGUGGAUGACGACUCGGAGGCUGAGUCGUUUCGGGAUGGGAGAAGCGAGGAGGUCGACCGGGACACAAAAAGCAGGGCCUUCUUGUGGUGCAGAGACUUUUUGUCUGGAUCGUGGAAAACCGUCGGGGAAGCGGACUUUCAGAUUAGUAUUAUCAGUGGAGGACUGAGUAAUCUACUGUUCCUGUGUUGCUUGCCUGAACAUGUCCCAUGUGUGGGGGAGGAACCCCGCCAGGUGCUCCUGAGAGUCUACGGUGCCAUCUUGCAGGGUGUGGAUUCUCUGGUACUGGAGAGUGUUAUGUUUGCCAUUCUGGCAGAGCGAACUUUGGGGCCUAAACUUUACGGGAUCUUUCCAGAGGGACGUUUGGAGCAGUACCUGCCAAACACCCGCAUGCGCACAGAACAGCUCUCGGACCCGGGCAUUUCGGCGGAGAUCGCCACCAAGCUGGCACGCUUCCACAAAAUGGUUAUGCCCUUUAACAAGGAGCCCAAGUGGCUUUUCGGGACCAUCGACAAAUACAUGGAUCAAGUGAUGAAGAUUAAUUUUGUGCGUGAGGCACAUGUAAAAAAGUACAAGAAACUGAUGAAGUUUGACCUUCCUGCUGAGCUGAAGCGUCUCCGUUCAUUGCUGGCAGCAACUCCAUCCCCGGUGGUUUUUUGCCAUAAUGAUGUCCAAGAAGGUGCAGGAAACAUUCUUAUGCUGGAGGACCGGGACAACGGAUCGACAGAAAGUCUCAUGCUUAUUGACUUUGAAUACAGCAGUUACAAUUACAGGGGUUUCGACUUUGGCAACCAUUUCUGUGAGUGGAUGUAUGAUUACACAUACAACGAGUGGCCGUUUUACAAAGUCACCCCUGAGAACUACCCAACCAGAGAGCAGCAGCUUUUCUUCAUAAGGAGCUAUUUGGCCGAGCACCAUCGCCACUCUAAGUGUGACCUGGACCAGACACAAAUAGAAGAGGAUAUGAUCAUUGAAGCGAACAGAUAUGCGUUAGCGUCACAUUUCCUUUGGGGGCUGUGGUCCAUCAUUCAAGCCAAGAUAUCCAAGAUUGAGUUUGGAUAUAUGGACUAUGCUCAGAGCCGUUUUGAUGCCUACUUCAAGCAGAAAAAGCUCUACUCCUGAAUUCCUCCCAUCAGAAAAUCACAACGUACUGUCUCUUUAACUGCAUCUUUCCAGCUCUGCUGAUGCCUAUGCAAGCAUUUUAUAUAAACUCUCCUUUGUCUGAUUAUGGUUUAUGAAUGUAAAAAAGAAAGAAUAGAAAAGCAAAUAUGUUUUAAAAAAUGCACAAGUUCAGCUUGUGCAGCACUUUUCUAAAAUGUAUUAGGAGUUACUAAGAGUAGAUCUGUGGCUCUUUAACUUUUAAGUUAACCAGUUUUGAUCCACCUGUCUUCUUUGGACCACUUUGUGACAUUCAUGCACAUUUGAUCCUUUCGCUGUGUUCCCUGUGCAUGUCAGAGGUCAACGAUGGCCGUGUCAGAAAAACAUUGUCUUCACUUUCGACUGUAUUUUUCAUCUGUUUUUUAAAUUAUAAAUCCAAAAUACUUUUGUAUAGAACGCAUUUGUGUAACUCGUUCCUGUUGGGUUUUUAGUAAUCCUACCUCAGUUGUUUUAAUGUCCACUCCACAUUAGGAUGUCAGCAUUCUUAAUUGCGGCCAUGUGGAUCGCGUCCAAUUGUGUCCAAACUGAAUUCCUUGUGACUGAAAUACUUCAUAUGUUACCUUUUGGAAGAAAAUUAAGAUAUUUUUCUUCAGAACCACAUAAAAUUUAAAAUACUAAUAGUAAGCACACCGUUAUACGAGGGCUAUCUUCUACAGAAUUGUAUGCUUGUUUUUAAUUAUUAUUUCUCAACGCUUGUGCUGGUUACUAAUUGAUCCUUUCUGCUUAACAAGCUUACGUUAUCUGUCUGCUCAUGUCCAAUAUGUUGGUCUGUAGUAAAUGUCUUUCGCUAAAAGCAUUUUUGUUUUUAUUUAUUUAUUGUUAGCUUGCUAGCAAUCAGUACUAAGUGCAACUCAAACAGAUGAAAGCUUGUCUGUGAUGAUUGGUUAUUUAACAUUUUCAGCUGGCCCUCUUAUGCUCCAGCAGUCAAUACAUUUCAGGGCGUAGCUCAUUUGAAUGUGAAAGAAGGUUUUUUUUUCAUCUUUUCUAGAGACUUUGUUUGCAUUGUCUCUAUGAAGGUUUUAUGUAUUUAAACUGAUGCUUGAACAAACUGAAUGUGAUGAUGGAGUUGUAGUGAACAAGGGUCCUUUUCCUGAUUCUGUCAACAGGAAAAGAAGUUGCCUGUAACAACUUUCCUUUGUUUGGAUGUUUUUUCCACUAACAAGAAAAAAAGUUUAAAUCUAUUAAACUUGGGUUUUCAGAAUCUACA